AUGAUGGCGCGAGGACAGAUUCGUCGACAAAGUACCCUCAUCGAUCCCGCUUCCUUGCAGCGGCCUCUAUCGCGUGAUCUCACCGCGCUGACCCCGCAUGGCACGAGGCCUCCUCUUGGGAGGCGGCACUCUACCGGUCCCAAGCCGCUUCUCAGCUUCGACGAAAGUGCGGCGCAGGGUGGAACCCAUCUCAGUGCGUCUCCUGGAAUGUUGCAGACGCGUUCCGUUUUUGGUGUGGAUACCCUCUGGGAGCGCGAGAUGGCCAGGCUCAAGGAGAUGGAGGCAGAGGAGGCCCAAGAACGGCUUCGCGCGGAACAGGUAGAGGCCGCAGCUGCUGGUAAGCGCGACAAGAAGAAAGGGAAGAAGGGGAAAGAAAAGGCAAAACCUCAGGACGAGUCACUCCCGCCUCCCGCACUAGACGCUGAUCGACCUAGAGUCUCCGCAGAGCCCCCGGUGCUGCCCACCAUCCCCAAAGGCAUCACUCGAGGCCCUCCACCGCCCGUCGAUGGCGAUGACACUGAAAGUGAGAGCGACGAUAGUGAUGCAGCCCCAGCUGCGAAGCGACCGUCAGGAGAGGGCUGGUUUGCGGGGUCCUCCGAUGACGAGAAAGGCAAGGGCGGCCCUGUGCGUACUGUCGGCAUCGGCCCGCGGUACCCCAACCGAGGACGAGGGCAAGCACAGGGAGCCAGCUCAGACAGCGAAGAAGACCUGCCACUGGCCGCCACAGUCGAUCGUGCGAUUCAGCGAGCUACUCGUCUCAUAUCCUCAGCCCCCGUCGCUGAUGAGUCCGACGAGGAGAAGCCGCUGUCGACUUUGCUAGAGAAGACGAAGCUGAACCUUCCUCCAGUCGACUUUGACAAUAUCCUCUCGCCUUUGGGGUCGGGCUCCGCCAAGGGCAAGCAGCCGGCGGCUCGGGCCACUGCUGCGGAUGACGAAGACGAAGACGAACAGCCGCUCGGGCUGCGCGCGUCCAGGAUUGCGCCUAUGGCACCUCACACCGGUGCAGACGAGGACGAAGAUGACGUGCCGCUCGGGCUGCGCCCGGAGCAGCAGCGGAGGACGCAGUACCACAUGAUGCUUCAGCAACAGCAGCAGCAGCAGCAGCAGCAGAUGAUGCUCCAGCAGAUGCACACCGGUAUGAUGUUCUCCAACCCAUCGCUCAUGGGCUCUGGCUUCUUUGGUCCGCCCAUGGUGCAGCCGAUGAUGAUGCCGGCCAUGCCGGCUCCCCUAGUUCCCAGCCCUCCGCCCUUGCAGGAUAACGUGAAAUUCGGGCGAGUGGAUAAGUGGAGACAUGAUGUUGCUGUUGAGGGCCAGCCAUGAUCCUUGUAUAUUAUCGAUUCGUACCUGCAUACCCCUUCCCUUCCUUGGUCCAUCCGUCUACUCUCGUUCUUGGUCACGUUAAUUCGCAUCGGACGAUCACAUUAUAAUACUCUCCUCCUCAGGUAGCAUGGUCAACGGCAGCUAGUUCUGUUCUAGUAUACUUGCAUUGUGAAAGCAAAUAUAGCAGUAUAGGCAUCG